AUGUUAUUCUCUCUAAUAAUAGCUUUUAUCUCAUUUUCUUAUUAUAUUGAUUGUUGCACAAUCAAAAAUCUCCCCAAAAGCUAUUAUUGGAAUCAGAGUUUACAACGUUUCAGUCUGUUAACAAAACAAUCUAUAAGUGAUGAUGAUAGAAUAAAGUGUAGAGAGAGUGAAUUAUACAUUACUCCAUGGAGUAUAAAAGAAGCUGUAUUUUCAAGUGUUGAAGAGGCAGAGGAAAGGCGUAUAUUUCUAACUAAAUGUAUUACAUAUUACUCUGAAUUAUCUAGAGAUUUAUAUUUUAAAUAUUUGGAGAGAAAAUAUAGCUCUAAAUUUUAUCAGAAGAUCUUUAAUAUUUUUGAUAUAUAUAUAAUAAGGGAGAAAUAUCUUAAGUCUAUUGUGACACUUGGACGUUUCUUAACUAGUUUAGGUAUUCUUUUACAUAAAACAUAUGAAUAUGGUUUUAAUCAAAAAGGAUUGAAAUAUCCUCCAGAACUCGAACGUGAAAUUGAAUCAUUAAGUGGUAUAAUUUCAGUUAGAAGACCAUACACUUAUUCAAGCUGUAAGAAACUUGUAAAAGAUGCUGGUAUUUAUGAAAUACUAAUUAAUAUUUCAUCUGAUGAUAAAGUUCUCUUAUCUAGAGUUAGGAAAUGUUCGAUAGUUAGAGGAAUAAUAAAUGGUGCUAUUCGUAAGGCUAAUGAAAGUGCUAUGGAAUUUCUUAAUAGAUAUAAAAUAUCUCAUAAUGAAAGAUACUUGCAUGAGUCUUCGAGAUGGAAAAACAAGAAGGAAAAGUUGUAUUUACUACAUGGUAUUGUUACAGUAGCAUUAGCUAUAACUUCUUCAGAUAUAUUAGUUAGUAAGAAAUGA